UCUCUUUCCAACUGUAACAACAACACGAAGAUGACCGUUGUAUCCUUAUCUAGCGAGCGAAAAUUCCGGCGGAGUCCUAGGAAUCCUCUUCUACCACAAAAGCACGACGACUACGAACCUCUCGAGGUCGGCUUCAAUGGCGCAUCCUUCUCCGGUGCCGUAUUUAACCUGUCCACCACCAUCGUCGGCGCCGGAAUCAUGGCCCUUCCGGCCACCGUGAAACAAUUAGGUCUGAUACCAGGACUGAUGAUGAUUAUUUUAGGAGCCAUGCUAACAGAAUCGUCAGUUGACAUGAUCUUAAGAUUCAGUAAAGCCGCUAAAUCCACUACGUACUCCGGCGUCGUUUCAGAUGCGUUUGGAGGGGGCGGACGUACUCUCCUUCAACUCGGCAUUAUUGUUAACAACCUUGGCAUGCUCAUUGUCUACAUGAUCAUCAUUGGUGAUGUUUUAGCGGGUACUUGGUCAGAUGGAGUCCGUCAUUCGGGUGUUAUGGAAGAAUGGUUCGGUCGGCAUUGGUGGACUUCACGGUCCUUCUUGCUGCUUCUUACUACCCUUCUUGUUUUUGCUCCUCUUAUUUCUUUCAAGCGCGUUGAUUCAUUGAGGUACACAUCAGCGUUGUCUGUGGGGCUUGCUAUUGUAUUUGUGGCAAUCACUGCGGGAGUGGUAGCUAUAAAAUUAAUGGAAGGAGGUAUUGGAAUGCCACGUUUGAUGCCCGAACUCAACAAUCAGGCAUCUUUUUGGAAGCUAUUUACAACUGUACCAAUUUUAGUCACUGCUUAUAUAUGCCACCACAAUGUUCACCCUAUAGAGAAUGAGCUCAGAGACACUGCCCAAAUGAAGUCGAUAGUGCGGACAUCCCUCACAUUAUGCUCAUCUGUCUAUGUUGCUACCAGCUUAUUUGGAAUUCUUCUUUUUGGUGAUCAAACACUAGAUGACGUACUUGCCAAUUUUGAUGGUGAUCUUGGAAUUCCAUAUAGCUCACUGCUUGACGAUGUGGUUAGGAUUAGCUAUGGUGUCCACCUUAUGCUUGUCUUCCCAAUAGUUUUUUUCUCUCUACGACUCAACCUAGACUGUCUUCUCUUUCCAUAUGCUAUUCCCAUUGCAUAUGACAACAGAAGAUUCUUCUCACUAACUGCAGCUCUCAUGGGAUUUAUAUUUGUGGGAGCCAACUUUGUGCCUGACAUCUGGGAUGCAUUUCAAUUUACUGGAGCCACUGCCACUGUCUCUGUAGGUUUUAUUUUUCCUGCAGCCAUCGCUCUCAAGGAUACACAUUGUAUUGCAACAAAGAGUGACAGGCUAAAAUCAUGGGUGAUGAUAUCAUUGGCUGUCUCAUCAAGCACGGUGGCCAUCUGUAGUGAUAUUUAUAGCAUUUUCAACUUUGACAGUGGUGUUGGAAGCUGACAUGAGAGUGAGGAUGGUAAUUGGUCAUUCAAACAAAAUCCUAAUCAAUUGUUAUCUACCAGGUGAGCAAGGCCAAUCAUAGUAACUAAAUUACUGAAAGAGCUCCUGCACCAGCUCCUCGUUUGAUUGCUAGUCAACAGCAGUGUUAAGUUUCAUGGUUCUCCACUUCUCAGGAGACGAGCAAGGCUCUCUCUCUCUGCACUGCUGCAAAUUUGGCGAUUUUUUAUAUUUAUUUGAGAACCGCUAAUGGUUGCUCCUUUUAGCUGGAUGGCUUAUACUAGUUUGACGUUUUUGUAGACUGAAAAUGAUUUUUUUUUCUUUUCCACUUGCUCUAGAGUCAAAUUAAGAAAACUGUUUGGGUCUGCUGCUUGUGAUUUGUGAAUAAAUUAGACGGUGAUUCAUCAUGUA